UUGGGGAAAUACAUUUAAACAUUGAGAUUCAUAAUAUUAUCUUAAAUAUUGUGCUCAAAAAAGUGUGAGGCAUUUCGAUGUUUUUGAAGGGCAUUUUGGUGUUUUCAACGGGCAUUUCGGUAAAUCACGGACAUUUCGGUAAUUCUAGUUACCCGUCAAAGGGAACCAGGCAAGUGUCAACAGAAGAAGACGUUUGAUGUCGUUCUGACUUCUAAAAUACAACAAAAAGAAUGCAGUUGAGGAUAAAAUUCAUUUCUUCUACUGCUCACUGUCUACCUUACUCAACUGCUGAUAUCGUUUAUGGAGUGGAAAACAGUCAGUCUGAUGUUGUGGAAGGCAAACAAAACAAUUUAGUGGAUAUAACUGGAAAGGAAUCUGGAAUAUCAUCUUGUGAAAUAACAGAAUCAAAUAACAGACAUUUGAAUGAAAAAGAAGGAAUCAAAAAGUCUGUUUCUGCAGAAAAAGUGAAUUCAUUUAAAGAAGGUGACGAUAACCUAAGAUCUCAACAGAAUUUUCCAUUUACAAAGUAUAUCCAGUAUAGACCAAAUGGAAUAAGGAACAAUAGUUUCCGAGGAGAACCUGUACACAAUAUGAGGACGAAUAGCUUAACUUCAGGAAAAGAUACAGAUGAUUUAAUAGCCAUGGGAACAAUAUGGAGUCCAAAUACCCAAACACCAGUAAAACAGAUUUACAGUAGCACAAGUGGUGCAAGUUCCACAACAAAUUCUGUCACAAUCAGAAAUGUUCUAACUACUUCAACACAAGGUUCAAGCAGUUCAACAGGAAUACCUCAGGGUAGUAGAGGGCGUUACAACAUAGCAGGGAUAAAGCCCAUCAUGGUGCAAACACCAAAAAACAUAAUUAAUAAAGAAGUUGACCCACGGUACACCGAUCCUAUAUUGGGAGCCCCAGCUACCUUUCAACAAAGACUAAUGGAACUCAGUGCACUUGAAGCAGAAACUAUACGAUAUGAAAGAAAUAAGAAGGUGAAGAAGAAAGUAAAACAAGAUCGUGACUCUUGAUAUACUUUUGAUUGAUAUUUGAAUCUGAUCAGACAAUGAAAUAUAUUUAAUAAGUAUUCAUGUUUUUGAUAUGUGUUAGUAGAGAUUGUAAAUGUACAAAACGCUAUUGAAAUUAAAUAUAUGUCGAAUG